AUGCGUCAAGAAGGCUUUGUUCUGAACGCACGCCUGUUCAUUUGCCAAAAAGCAAUCGCAAUAGCUCGCCGCCGCGGCUGUCCGGUGAUCGAAUUUGCAUGUGUUUCCGUCCAGCCCGUAGCCCUCUUUCUAGGCCUCCCCACAACCCUUCAAAGACUCGGAAGACUGGCCGCGCUCCGCUCCAUGCGUGAUGAUUGGUAUUCAACCGGACGAUCUCACACAAUCCCAUUUCCCUCGUUCGCUAUAUGUGUUUCCCGUUAUAUAGCGCGCGUGGUUGCGUGCGUUUCAACCGCAACUACGUAUUAUUGGAUUAGUUGGUGUAGCUGGCCGCCUCCGGUCCGUGGCGAACAACAAUACGAUGCCGCCACCGACGGGUAUUCAUGUGCACGCGAACGACCACUGGUCGCCGGGGUCCGGCUAUACUAUGCACUUUUAUGGUUGAAGGGUCGAUGCAUUAUUACGCAUGGCUAG